UCUUAAACUUUUACGAAAUAUGGAGACAAUUCGCGAGUAUAAAUAUUUGGAAGGUUUUGGAAACCAUUUUGUCUCAGAAGCUUUACCAGAUACAUUACCCAAAGGUCAAAAUACACCGCAAAAAUGUCCGUAUGGUCUUUAUGCCGAACAACUUUCUGGAACAGCUUUUACCGUUGAUAGGAAACACAAUGAGCGAAGCUGGCUUUACCGAAUCCGACCAUCAGCAUGCCACAAACCCUUUGAGAAAUUUCAACAACCUACAGACAUCGUGGGUCAAUUUAAUGGCAAGGAAAUAAAUUUUGAUCCAAAUCAAACUCGUUGGAGUCCCAUUGAACUUCUCAACCCCUUAAAUUCUUUACAUCGAGAAGGCGUAAAUUUUAUCAGCGGAUUACACACUCUCGCUGGUGCCGGCGAUCCAUCAGUUAAACAUGGAUUGGCAAUUCAUAUAUAUAAUGCGAAUCAAGAUAUGGUCGAUAUUGCGUUUUAUAAUUCCGAUGGUGAUUUCCUGAUAGUUCCGCAACAUGGUCGUCUUGAUAUCACGACGGAAUUUGGACGAAUGUUGGUAGCACCUAAUGAGAUUACGGUUAUUCCGCGUGGCAUUAAAUUUUCUGUAAAUCUUCCGGAUGGUCCAAGCCGUGGAUAUAUUUUGGAGGUUUUUGAGAACCAUUUUGAAUUACCCGAUCUAGGUCCAAUAGGCGCGAAUGGUCUAGCGAAUCCACGUGAUUUUCUAACGCCCACUGCAUACUAUGAGGACAGAUCGAAUUGCGAAUACACUAUAAUAAACAAAUUUGUCGGACAAUUGUUCAUCGCAAAGCAGGAACCAAUUUCAUCGAAUCAUACACAUUUUUCAUCGGCCACUUCCAAGGAUCAUUCACCAUUCGAUGUGGUAGCUUGGCACGGAAAUUAUGUUCCUUAUAAAUAUGAUCUCGCUAAAUUCAAUGUCAUAAAUUCUGUUUCGUUUGAUCAUUUAGAUCCAUCGAUAUUUACGGUGCUCACUUGCAAAUCAGCAUUUCCUGGUACUGCGAUGGUAGAUUUCGUGAUAUUUCCUCCCAGAUGGGCUGUCCAAGAACACACAUUCCGAAUCCCUUAUUUUCAUCGAAAUUGUAUGUCAGAAUUUAUGGGGCUCAUUAAAGGUUCAUACGAAGCUAAAUCUAAAGGAUUUCUUCCUGGUGGUGCGAGUUUCAUGACUCCACAUGGUCCAGAUGCCGUUUCUUUUGAGAAGGCGAGUAAUGAAGAACUAAAACCUGUUCGAGUGGCCGAUGGAACACAGGCAUUCAUGUUUGAAUCAUCGUUGAUGUUGGGUAUGACUUCGUGGGGUGUAUCCAAGAAGAUGGAAAUCCAAAAAGAUUAUUAUAUGGGAUGGCAAAAUUUAAAAAGUAAUUUUAAUCCCAAUAAUAAAUCAAGCAAAUGA